AUGGCUGAUUUGCAGCGCGUUGUGUCUGCUGCGGUGCGCGAGGAGCGGAACGGGCAGGCGAGCAGGAGCAACUCGCCGCGCGGUGCCCCAACACAUGCGUCUCCUCUUCCUGUUGCGGCCACUCCAUCUGCAACUCCUCUUCCCCGGUCGGAUGUUCCUCCUCCCUUUACUCCCGCUGCAUUUGCCGCCGCUCAUGGGAAUUGCAUGCGCCUGCCGUGGAUUCCUCCUGUGGCGGGUAUUGAGUUUGUGACCACGGCAGGGGGAAAUGUGACAGCGCAAUAUCCGUUCCUCCUGUCUGUGGGUCGUGCUCCUCCGGCUGUUGCGCUGCCAGUACAGUCAUUGGUGUAUGGGCACGCGGCUCUUUCCCAGGGUGUUUCUUUGGAUGGCGGCCCUCGGGACGAGUGCCUAGAUGCCGCAGAUCGGUUUGCCAAGCUCAUGGCGCCCGUGAUGGCUGCGCCCGUGCGGGGUGGAGUUGCGGGCAUUGAACGGCUUCGGAAUGCUCUCCGUGGUCAGCGCCGGGUUUUGCACGCAGGGACUGCAGUCGACUUGAUCGGCGCAACCACAGUGGUGGUGCGCGAGAUUCAUCGCUCGCUGACGGGGCUCCUUGCUAUUCUUGACGCGGAUCAGAUGUAG